UCGUUAGAUUAAUGCUACCCACAGAGCAGCAGCAGCAGAGGCAGAGGAUGGAGCAAAUGAAUGAGAUGUGGGUCGAUGAGAGGAUAAACCGGCCGAUGGAGCAUCAGCAUCGUACCUUGACAUGAUCUGAAUCCCGGGUUGACGCUUACGCUUGAAUUACAAAGAUGAAGCCCCGUCUUGAAAGAAGAUGUCCCUCAUCAGCAAGCGGCGGCAAACGUCUCACUUGCGGCAGUAAAACACUUGGUUGAAGGAUUUUAAUGGCACAGCCGACGGCGAGAGAGAGCCAGCGACUGAAACCGGGAUUUAUGAACAGUCGGUUUAUUGAGAUUGAGCGGUGAGAUUUACUGGUUUGUUUUCUCUACACGGACCGGUCUGUCUACUGUUGGUCAUUUUUCAGCGUUGUCCUCUGUGGAGAUCACACACACCAGCAGCAGUCAACGGAGUAUUUACAUUAAGCUAGCAACGAAUGGAUAAAGCUAGCUUAUUUAGAGACUGUGCGAUAUUUUACCGGUUAGACAACAUUUUUGGUACUCCCCUUCUCUUCCCGUCAUCAUUUUCUCCUUUUAUUUAAAAGGGCGAUUUUGAAAGCUUAAUUUGGUUAUAAAUCACUCUGCCAGUCCUGUCAGCCUCGUCCCGUGUUUAGCUCGAUAAUCCUCGUUUGCGCUUAACUGGUUGGUUUAAUUUAAGCUAGCUAACAGUAGUAGCCGCUAGCGUCUGCGCUGCUUCUCGCUCAUCAUGCGUUCACUGACACGGCUGCUGGGAUGAAACCAACACCCCACCAAAAUGAAGUCAAGGGCAUGACAACAACAAGCCAUGUCGGACUGAGAAGAGCACCGUGGCUCCGUCGGCCGUGAAGUCACAACAACCAGACAGACACAGAGAGAGAGAGAGAGAGGGGAUCAAAAGCUGAAGCUAACCUCCAGCCUGUUCACACCGCCCUCAAGAGACCCGAGAGAGAGGAUCAUUUUCGAAUCAAGCCUCCAAAUCCAGCCAAAAUGGGAGAGCAGCCCAUCUUCAGUACACGGGCCCACGUCUUCCAGAUCGACCCAAACACCAAGAAGAAUUGGGUUCCCACCAGUAAACAUGCUGUCACAGUCUCCUACUUCUUCGACAGUACCAGGAAUGUAUAUCGAAUCAUCAGUCUGGAUGGAUCUAAGGCCAUCAUCAACAGCACCAUCACCCCCAACAUGACGUUCACCAAGACAUCGCAGAAGUUUGGCCAGUGGGCCGACAGCCGGGCGAACACUGUCUACGGCCUCGGCUUCUCGUCCGAGAGCCACCUGACUAAGUUUGCGGAGAAAUUUGCUGAGUUCAAGGAGGCAGCGCGAUUAGCCAAGGAGAAGUCUCAGGAGAAGAUCGAGCUCACCAGCACUCCCUCUCAGGAGUCGGCACCAGGUGAUCUGCAGUCACCUUUGACCUCUGAGAGCAUCAACGGUACAGACGACGAGAGAGUCGCACCGAACACACCUCAGCACAGCGACGCCAGAGCAGAGCCUUCCCAGAAUGCACUGCCCUUCUCGCACAGUUCAUCCAGCAUCACUAAACACUGGGAGGCGGAGCUGGCGGCGCUCAAGGGGAACAACGCCAAGCUGACGGCGGCUCUGCUCGAGUCCACAGCCAACGUCAAGCAGUGGAAACAACAGCUGGCGGCCUAUCAGGAGGAGGCCGAGAGGCUACACAAACGGGUGACGGAGCUGGAGUGUGUGAGCGGCCAAACCACCGUGAACAAAUCCCAAAAAACAGAACUCAACCAAACCAUAGAGGAGCUGGAGUUGGCUUUGAAGGCCAAGGAGGAGGAGCUAGAGAGGCUUAAAGCGGAGGUGGAGAGUGCCAACGAGUUCCAGGCUCAGAGAGACUCGCUCACACUGAAGCUACAGGACACGGAGUCCAGGAACCAGACGCUGGAGGCCCAGCUGAGCGACCUGGAGCAGCGCCUGGAGAGCAGCCAGCAGGAGAGGGAAGCCUUUCGGAAGAGCCUGCGCUCGCUGCUGGAGCUGCUGGACAGCAAGAUCUUCGAGCUGACGGAGCUGCGGGACACGCUGGCCAAGCUCCUGCAGGGCAGCUAAAGACACCGACACCACCACCUCCACCACCUCCACCUCCACCACAGCCAGCGCUCAGAGAACAAAUCACCUGCAUGUUGGCUCUCACACCGACACGUAAAGCAACUUGAAUUCUCUCUCUUUUUCUUUUCCACAUGUAUACGAUACGUGUAAAAGAGUAUGUUUACACACAGCGUUAUGCAUUAACGGUACACACACGUUGUUACGGUACACGUUUACAAAGACGCCAAGUAAAGAGGCUUUGCUUGGACCAUGCCUUCCCUCCGCUCCACUCUGGAAAACUCUCUAACGACACGUUAAAACUUCUUAACGACUUUAUUUUUGUCUCUACGAAUGUCAUUCCGUUUGACGGGAUGUUUUGUUGUUGUUGCUCCUUCAAUCACAAAGACUUUUUUUUGUAUUUAAAGACAUCCUGUGCUUUUUGGAUUUGGUGCAUCCUGCUGUCGCCUGGAGACGGCGAUCAUUCAGAUUUUCUCUUCCUCACGUCAACGUCAGCCAAAACGUACACUCGGAGUCACUGUAGAAGGACUCGGAUGGGCUUUUCCUGCACUCUGAGCUCGAUUCACUUUCAGUUAUUUGGACUUUUGAAGGGGACGAGAUGAUCGAGGGUCUGAUGUUCUUCUACAAUAUACGAGCAAUACAAAAAGCAUCAAGCAUCAGAGGGUUGAUGAACACUUUCCACUCUCACUUUCAGGUAAUUUUACUCUCGGAUACGUUUAGACCACAAGCGAGGCGGGAUUUUAUUCAACGGUCUUUCUUUCUAUACACUUUUUCCUUUUUUUUUUUAAGAGUACUUCUAUAACAACUUCAUAGUGCACUUGUAAAAACGGAGUUUGUGUGUGAGUGAGUCAGCUGUUUUUCUUUGCCCCUCUCGUUUCUGUUGCGACUUGAAGUGCAAUGAUUGAAUCCUUUUCUUUGUUAAUUUAUUAGCAAACUGCUCCUGAAGAUGAAGGCGGAAGUUGUACAAAAGCAAAGAUCUUUAUUUACAUCUCGUUUUCACUUUAUCUUUUUUUUUUAAUUAAUAUUGUUUGGUACGUGGGUGUCGAGGUGGUUCUGUUUUUGGAAAAACUGGCAAUAUUUUUGAUGUAUUUAUCAGAGGGAAUGAAAGCAUAGCAGGCGAUCGCAGGGUGGAUUUGCAGAGAAUUUUUUCUUUUGCCAAAUAACGUUUUCCUGUACAGAUUAGAAUUUUUGCUGAUGUUGCCUUUGGUACAGAGAUGCAUCAGUGGUAGCUGACUAGCGGUACUUUCUUUUAGCGGGAUUUACUUUUGCCAAAAAUUCAGCGACGUUAAGAGGAAUACGACGUACACACCUGAAGAACACUAUUUUAAGGGCUUGUUGACUUGGGGCUUGUUCGAGUACAUUUGGGAGACUUGAAUGACUUCAUCACGUUGAAAAUCUGUGAAUAUUGCAGCUUGGAAAGGGAAAAAAAACAAACAUUUGAAUACGAGUUUUAAUUGUUGAUUAUAUCACGUGCUUAAAAACACAAAUUGUAAUUUUGAGUUUAUAGUAAAACAAAACCAAAUGACA